AUGAAGAUCACAUCGCGGCACAUCGAAAAGGACGGGUCCGGCAGGAUCACCAUCAUCCCGGAGGAAGAUGAGGACAUGUACCACCUCUACAACCUGAUCGAGCAAGGCGACCAUGUGCGAGCAGCGGCCGUGCGUCGAGUGCAAUCCGAAUCGUCGACGGGCUCGAUGGAGUCGCAUCGAGUGAGGCUGAACCUCACGAUCGAAGUGGUCAAGACAACUUUCGAUGCGACAGGUUCGAGCGCGCCACCAGAUCCGUCGGCAGCAGCGGCGGCAAAUGCAGCGACAUCUUCGACGGCGGCAGAGGAGGAGGUGAGCCGAGCUGCGGCAGUGGGCGGCUCAGGCGGUGAAGGAGCGACAUUGCAAGUGGCAGGGAGGGUGGUGGAGGAGAACAAGCAUGUCAAAAUGGGAGCGUAUCACACGCUGGAUCUCGAGGUGAACCGAGCGCUCACCAUCACCAAGCAGAGCUGGGACGCCGUGCAUCUGGAGCGACUGGGCGAGAGUACCGAUGUCAGCCAGCGCGCCGAAGUGGGAGCUGUCGUGCUCGGAGAUGGCACCGCAGCUGUCUGCCUCUUGACGGGACACAUGACCGUGGUACGACAGCGGAUCGACGUUCCUAUUCCUCGUAAACGGAAAGGACUUCCCGCGACAGCAGCCGACAAGGCCACGGCUCGCUUCUACGUUCAAGUCUACAACGCAGUGGUCAAGCUACUUCAGCUUCCGGCUCUGCGUCUAAUCAUCCUCGCAUCACCCGGCUUCACGCGAGACUCGGUCUACGACUUUCUCUUUGAAGAAGCGACACGGCGUGGCGACAAGAUCCUCAUCGGCAGCGAAGCAAAGCGCAAGUUCCUCAAGAUCCACUGCAGCUCGCCACACGUCCACUCGCUGAUGGAAGUGCUGCGUAGUCCGGAAGUCAACGCACAGCUCAAGGACACCAAAUUUGCACGGGAGGGUCAGUUGUUGGAACGCUUCAUGAAGCAGCUUGCCAGCGACGAGCUGCGAGCAUGGUACGGAGAGCAGCACGUACUGCUAGCUGCGUCGAGAGGUGCCAUCGGCGUAUUGCUCAUCUCAGAUGGGCUGUUCCGAGCCGCGGAUCCAGCAAGGCGGAAGAAGUUCGUGGAGCUGGUGGAAGAGGUUCGUGCUCAGGGAGGCGAAGUGGCCAUCUUCAGUUCGAUGCAUGAGAGCGGCCGUCAGCUCAAUGCUCUGACGGGUAUCGCAGCCAUCUUGACCUAUCCGCUGGACAUCGAGGUGGUGGAAGAGGAGGAGGCGGAAGAGGCAAGGAACAAGCUCGAGCAGACGGCAUAA